AGUGCUGACCCUACACACGGAGGCCUACAAAAGGAUGUCCCGGUCCGAGUGAGCAGCAAUGGCCGGGUAGCCUGGAGUGUGGGAACCCUGACCACCACCGUAUGUGAUGCAGACCCCUUCUACUUUCCUGCGGACACCAUGGAAUGUCACGUCUGCUUCUCUGCGAUCGCAGCAGUGGAGCAAACCAUUCAUUGCCAAGCAGGAGCUGAUAAGGGAAACACCCUGUGCAACUCCUAUACUGAUGAAAGAACGGAGGGCGAAUGGUACAGAAAGGAUAGGAUCUUCGCGGAAGACAACAGGGAAGCUUGCUUUGUUGUCCAUCUAAAGAGGAUCCCCCUGUUCCACAUGGCCACCACAGUUGGACCCUGCAUCAUCUUGGUUGUGUUGAUGAUCAUCACAUUCGUCAUGCCCCUGGACAGAGGAGACCGGAUCUCGUUCGGAGUGACCAUUCUGCUCUCCAUGGUCGUGUCUCUUGUAUUUGUGACGGACGUUCUUCCUGUUAAGGGGGCUUUGCCAUUUUUGGCUACGCUGAUCAUCGUGUGCAUGGGGCUGAUGGGAAUUUUCCUCCUUCUCACCAUGGCCGUUAUCGUUAUUCACGACAAAGAGGGCAGUCUGUCUUCGACGGUGAAGAUUAUUUUUCUCCGACACAUUUCAAAAAUACUGCAGUUGGGCGAUCUAACAAAAAAGAAGCGCUCCAGUGAUGAAGAGGCCGACUUGACUGACUUUCCUGCCACAGAGUUGAUCAACUGUGCCUUUCUAUCCGAUGACAAAGCCAGCGACGAAAGACCCUGUGAUGGCAAUGAGGCAACAACGCCAUCAACGCUUCUCACAGGUCUGGUGCCGACCCGUUCCACCACCAUUCUUGAGCUGACUCCUAAUCUUAAAGGGGUAAAAAACGAAGUCAAAGAUCUCGCAAAGGCGGUUGAUAACAAGAGAGAGGUGCUUAAGAAGGUUAUGGUGAGUGAGGAGGGGGUGUCUGAAUAUAUCCUGUUGGCUAAAGUCCUGGACAGGGCUUGUCUUGUCCUAUACAUCAUCAGCAUCGUGGCAGCCGUUCCCAUGACUAUGUAUUUAGGCAAGUAAAUGUCUUACAUCCUUAGGAGUUAGUACAUGGACAUGUUCAACCAGUUUUUCUAGUUAGUUGUACUUGUUUUAUAGUAGUUGAUUAUUUGAGGUAAGUUUGUGCCUAUUGAUAGUUGGGCAAAACUGCGCUCCUCGAUGAAUAUCUA